GUACACUCAUCUUCUUUUCCUUUCCCUUUCUCUUAUUAAUAAGGAAGUUGAAGAAUAUGAGCAUGUUUUAAUUUCUAAUCCUUCUUCUGCAGAUCUAGCCUUAAAACUUUCUUUUGCAUGUGGUGGAUUAUUAUUACCAAGAUAGUCAAAUUUGAGCGAAAAGGACCGAUUAGAUUCUGAACCUAAUUCUGAUUUGAUUUCUUGUUGGAUUAUUGGUUAUGUGAGUUAUAUUUUUACUUGGAGAUAUGUUUGUGAAUUUGUGCUAAUAGUUCUGUUAUGGGGUUGCUGUGGUUUACCACCUUGUGGUAUUGAUACAGUAUAUGAUGGAACACAAUGGGAAACAUUUACAAAUCUAUCUGAUUUAUGUAAGAUCUCAAAAGCCUAUCAGUUAUGGCAAGUUUUAGCUAAAGAUUCUACAUCAAAGAAGAUAGAGAGAAAAAGCCUGAGCAGCUUGAAGAAGAAAUUGGUGGUGCACUGCUUCUUAUAUAGAAAAAUGAAGACUUUAGAGCUUCCUUGGCCUCUCUGCCUCUGCUUUUCCAACAUUUUACUCCUAUUCUGAUAUUCUCAGCACGCAAACAACACUCAGAUCCAAUUAGGCAAUUACAAUUCAUCAGUCCUUGCAUCCCUGCCUCUUAUUUGACACAUAGUUUCGAUAAUCUCCAUGUGUGCCCUUAAAGAUGUCUGCAUUGGCCAUGAACAUAUUGAUUCGAUUUCUGAAGUUUUUCUUGUGGUAUUGAGAUAUUAUAUGAUGUUACACAGCGGGAAACAUUUGGAAACCUAUAAAUAUGCUGAUUAGAAACAAAAAGGAUCCUCUUGAUUGACUUCCUUGAAGUUGGUUACUAGAAUGGUGACUCUGAAACUAAUAUUGUCCUAAUAGGUGUGGUAUGUGUCACAAAUAUGGAGGGUGCUUUCAAACAAUUUGAGGAAGUUAUGAAGCAUGUGAAGAAAGAACGCUGGGAAAGAGCAUACAAGAUAAAGGACUGAUCAAUUGGGUGUGCUAAGUACAAUGCUUGGAUUUCUCGUUGCAGAAGUUGCACCAGUGGUUCUAUGCUUGGAUUUCUCGUUGCAGCUGUAAAAUAUAUAAUAUAUCCAAAUCAAGCCCCAAGAAAGCAAGUAAAACCAAUUGGUGGUCUUCACGUGAUUCUAAAGUUCAGAUUUUUACUCAACGAUGAUGUGCAAGAUGGAGUGCUUGGGCAGCCUGGUUUGAAUUUGUAAGCAAGGAAGGAACCUAAAGCCUUAUCGACAGAAAUUCCCUUUUUCUGCUCUUGCCAUUUCGACAUUAUAGAUUGUUGGAUACAUACACUAACUGAAAAGAUGGGAACAUUUUUAUUUCUUGACCAAGAGUAGGAGUGUUGUGUUAGUCAAUUGAUGCUAAAUAGUACUAAUCUCUUUUCAACUUGUAAGAUAUGUAACAUACAUUUUUUUUUUUUACCACUCUCUUGAACCAGAAACGAGUUAGAAAUGAAAAAUCAAGAAUUUA